ACAUUAAGCGGAGCAGACCAAAAUCCCAAACAAGGAAAUGGUGGGGGAAUAAAACGACCAGAUUAUUUAAUUAAUGCAUGUAAUAAUUAAUAUUUUAUUUUAUUGUAAAUUAAGACGUAUUUAUGGGUUAAAAUGGAUUACGACUUCAAAACAAAGCUGGCGGCCGAGAGAGAGAGAGUAGAAGAUCUGUUCGAAUAUGAAGGUUGCAAAGUGGGUCGAGGCACCUACGGGCACGUUUAUAAAGCUAAACGCAAAGACGGGAAAGAUGAGAAGGAGUAUGCACUGAAACAAAUAGAAGGCACUGGAAUAUCGAUGUCUGCCUGCAGGGAAAUCGCUCUGUUACGAGAACUCAAACACCCAAAUGUGAUCGCCCUGCAGAAAGUGUUCCUGUCCCACAGUGACAGAAAGGUUUGGCUCCUCUUCGACUACGCCGAACACGACCUUUGGCACAUCAUCAAGUUCCACCGCGCCUCUAAGGCCAACAAGAAGCCCAUGCAGCUGCCCCGAGGGAUGGUGAAGUCUCUCCUGUAUCAGAUUCUGGAUGGGAUCCAUUACCUCCAUGCCAACUGGGUGCUCCACAGGGAUCUGAAACCAGCGAACAUCCUGGUGAUGGGGGAAGGUCCUGAACGAGGAAGAGUUAAAAUCGCUGACAUGGGUUUCGCCAGACUCUUCAACUCUCCCCUCAAGCCACUGGCGGACCUUGAUCCCGUUGUGGUGACGUUCUGGUACAGGGCCCCUGAGCUGCUGCUGGGGGCACGGCACUACACCAAAGCUAUCGAUAUCUGGGCAAUUGGCUGCAUCUUUGCGGAGCUGCUAACGUCCGAGCCCAUCUUUCACUGUCGCCAAGAAGACAUCAAAACCAGUAACCCCUUCCAUCAUGACCAGCUGGACAGGAUAUUCAGCGUCAUGGGUUUCCCUGCAGAUAAGGACUGGGAGGACAUCAGGAAGAUGCCAGAGUACCCAACACUGCAGAAAGACUUCAGGAGAACAACGUACGCAAACAGCAGCUUAAUCAAAUACAUGGAGAAGCAUAAAGUCAAACCAGACAGCAAAGUUUUUCUGUUGCUCCAGAAACUCCUCACCAUGGACCCCACCAAAAGAAUCACAUCAGAGCAGGCACUGCAGGACCCGUACUUCCUGGAGGACCCAUUACCAACCACUGAUGUCUUCGCUGGGUGUCAGAUCCCCUACCCAAAACGAGAGUUUCUAAAUGAAGACGAGCCUGAAGAGAAGACAGAAAAGAACCAGACCCAGCAGCACCAGCAGACGACAGGCCAAACUCAGGCCCAGAACCAGCAGCAGACAGCAGCCCAGCAGGCCCCCUCCCAGCAGAGCUCGGCCCAAACCAACGGCACCGCCGGAGCCACGGGGGGCACUGCCGGCGGGGGUAUGCAACACGGCCAGGACCAGGGUCCCCCCAACAAGAAGCCUCGGAUUGGGCCCUCUGGGGCCUCCUCAGGCACUGGGGUGCUACAGUCAGAAUACCAGCACUCCGGCCCCCGCCUUGGUUACCAAAGCAACGUCCAAGGUUCCACCCAGCCACAGAGCACCAUGGGAUACUCGUCGUCGUCCCAGCAAAGCUCCCAGUACUCCCACCAGACCCACCGUUACUGAGGCUCCCAGUCACUCCUGAACCAGCAGAGGGGUCAGCUCCUCCUCCUCCUCCUCCUCCUUCAGAGAGACGUCACCAUACACCCUCGGCUCCAUCCUGGUCGGACCUCCCUCCGUGCAUUACAUCAUUCCAACUCGACCAUCCUUCUCUCAACCCUCCCUCGCCUCUGACCUCCUUCCCCCACAGCCUUUAAAGGCACUGGAACAUGAAGGCAAAUGAACAUAGGAACCAAAAAAAAAGAAUCUAACAAGAAGUUGUGCCUCGUUGGGCUGGUGAACCGUUUUUAAAACAAGUGAAAAUAAUGUAAGAUAGAUGUGAAGGCAUCACACAGACCAUGAACACUUACAAACGCAACCUUCUUCAGGAGGAAGAAUCGCAGCUGUGUUCAUAUAUGUACAUUAUAUAGCACCUUUUUCUAUUUGAGUUUUUUUCCUCUCUCACUUAUUUGCUAGAGUUUUCAAGUUUACCUUGAUAGUUGAUGUCAUUGUUAAUAUUGUUGCAUAUGGGAGCGAUCGGAUGAAACAAAACACAGGAGGAAAAGCCCUUUACUGUCAUCUCUAGUGUAACAUUACCUUGGAUAAUCAAAAGAAAAAGAAAAAAGUUCGAGCUAACCCUGACCAGUUUCUACACAGAAAAAAUCAGCUCUCCAGCUGAUGCAAUUGCAGGGAAAUAUUAAAUGCGCAAUUUAACUUAAUAUUCUUCUUAUAAGGUUUCUAUAUUUAGACCUGUCUUUUAAAUAGAUUUGGAUUUGAAAAGUGAGAAGAGUAGUUGUCUUUUUACAGCUCUAAGUUGUAUAUAUUCUGAUACCUUUAGAGAUAAAAAACAUAUUUGACAGCCCAGCUUUGUUUCCUCUGAUGACGCCUCUCGUUUGUGGCCAGUGGUUUUCUCGUCUGGGAGCUGCUGGUGGACACUUUGCUCUGACACCAUCUUAUUGCGAACCCUCAAGACUUAUAAGGUUUCUGAACACGAACGUGCGCAUAAACGUACAGGGCAGCUAACAGUACGCUCACCCCCUAAUAUCCUUAUUGAGACUGUUACUGCCUGAUGUCAGAUUGUUUUUUUUAAGGUUUUAAUGUUAUCAUUGUGAGUGUGUGUGUGUGUACAGUAUGUUUUUUAUGCAUGUUGUUUAUUCUUUUAGAACUGCACUGACUGCUGAACCGAUCUGCAAAGAGCUGAAACAAACGUGGGAUGAGUUUUGUUGUUCUAAGGCUCAUCCUCUCCCACUGCGACCCCGCUGGCCGAGCACACAGACAGCAGGUGCGUUCUUUAAUACACACCAAGGAGGCAGGAGCAACAGCGAUCGACAUAAGUAUCGAUGUAAAUGUGCCGCAUGAAUCCUCAGUGCCUCUACAGAAAGUAUUCUUUUCUAUUUUGUCCUUUUCUAUCAUUUUAUACAGCGUAUACAGUAUAAUCAUCUACCUGUGAUGUAAUUAAUAAGUCAAUCUGUGAGAAAGCCUUUAAAAGUAGAGGUGGAAGAAGUACACACCUUCUUUACUCAGGUAGAAGUACAAAUACUUGUGUAGAAAAAGUCUUUGGUAAAAGUACCGAUUUACUUCUUUAUUCAAGUAAGAAAAAUAAUAAUCAAUAAUUCCCUGAAAUGCAUUAAAACGCAGGUAAUAAGCCUGUUUUAAAUAAAGUAAAUUAGCUACUCAAGUAAAGUACAGAUACCUGAAAGAACUACUUCAGUACAGUGACAAAGUAUUUAUAAGUGAUCUGUGGUGGAAUGUAACUAAGUACAUUAACUCAAGUGCUGCACUCAAAGGAAUAGCUCCACAUUAUAGGAAAUAGUCUUAUUCCCUUUUGACGAGAUGAGAAGAUUGAUGCUGUAUACUCAGUAUGAAGCUACAGUCGGUUAGGUUUUCUUAGCAUGAAGACUGCAAAGCUUGCCUGGGUCUGUUUCCAAGUUAGCUGCUUCCCACUGUUUCCAGUCUUUAUGCUAAGCUAAGCUUUACUUUACUUGAGUAUUUCCAUUUCAUGCUACUUUACAUAUACUCCACUACAUUUAUAUAAGAGAUUAAGUUACUAAUUCAUUUAUGAGGUUUUGAUACAAAACUUUGAUCAAAUAAUAUAAAGCCCUUUCCCUUUUUUUUUUUUUGGGGCUAUAAUUGACACAUAUUUAUUUCUUUUUUUUUUUAAAUGUGAAAGAAAGCCACAGGUGCACUAAGAAUAUUCCAGCCUGAUUUCAGGAUUUCAGGGCAAAUCCAUUUUUCUAAAAUCAAGUGUUAUUUUUUAUACUUCUACUGCAGCGACUUACCUCAUACUUUCAUGAUGCAGUCAGUUCUUUGCACAGGUUUAUUUGUAGUAAAUAAACUCUCACUGCAACAGAUUUGUUUGACUUCUUUUACGAAAAGAAGUUUUUUAGGACCCAGUUAUAGCCAGAAUUUCUGCACCUCACAGUUGCAACAGCAAAAUGCUACUUACACAUUUAUUUAUCAAUAAUAAUAAUAAUACAAUAAUAUGAUCUGUAUCUAACAGUAUGAAAUUGGCCAUUCUGCGGUGCUACUUUUACUACUUUAAGUAAAUCUAGCUGAAAAUAUUUAAUUAGGGUUUCUAAUGCAGGACUUAGUAUGUUUACACUGUUGUAUGAUUAUUUUUACUUAAGUAAAGGACCAGUAUGCUUCGUCCACCACUGAGAAUAUUACAGACAACACCCGACUUAGAACAAAUCUUCAAGGCCAAGCCUGAAAAUGAGGCUCACUUUAUACCCCCCCUUCCCCUUUUCAUUUCCCCACAACUUGCUCCAUCCUCACUGGUCCUGCUCAGUCACAUGACUGGCCAUCGUGCAGGUUGUAUUAAAGAAUGCACCCAAUGACUCCACUGUAACUGUUACUGCGUUUGCUCCACAGAGGUGGGCACAGCAGCGUUGGGGGGAGCUGCAUUUGGCAGAUGUGUGGCCUGCAGUGGGAUUAGAAAACACUGACACCUUGUGGCUGAAAAGAGAACUGGACCCUGUAAAACUGCAAUUAUACAAGUUUUUAAAGCAAUUUUCGCCAGAACGUGCAAACCAUGGGUGUUUUAGUGUAAAUCUGAUAUUAUUGUGUCUAGAGAUCCAGUCACGUUUCACUGAGCGGCUUUGCUCUCAGUAAGACUGAUUAUUAUUUACAUCUCACCGCUCAAUAGUGUAUCCUUAAGGCUUUUGGUUGUUGCAUUGAUACUAAAAUGUGCCUCAGUUCUAAGAAAGAGACUUUCUCUGCAAAAUCCCCUCAGUGACUCCUCAGUGUGCCCCCCUGACUGGCUCUUUCUCUGCAGCAGCCAGGUGGAUUACAGUCUAAGCUCACUUCCAUCAAAACUGGAUCAUUUCUGCAAAAAGUUCUCAUUUUCAAUUCCUUUUCUUUUUAAAGUAAAAACAAACAUGCAGUUGGAUGGAUCUGUAGCAAGUGCAGAUGAGCUUUGCAAGAUUCAUGUCAAAUUACUUUAAUCUGGAAAGUUGCAGUAGCUUCGUUCCAAAUUAACAUCUUUUAAAAAAAUGUCUAACACACAAACUAAAAAAAUAUUGAUUGAUAUAUAUAGUGAUAUUUUUGUUGACGAUAAACUUUUACAGACUGGAUCUUGUAUAGUUUACACAUUUAAAGCUGCAUUCAUUGACGUCUUUAUGGCCAUUUGGCUUCAGCAGCAAAAAAACUAUAAACACAACAUUACCAUAUUAUCACCUUACAGAGAGCUGAGGUCAUUGCAAGCUUAAAGUGUGCACCUGGGCCUUACUGUUCAUACUGUAAAACAAAUCAACACCUGCAGAUUUUCAAACUUUUAAUCUCAACUGUCUAUAAGCUAGGGAAAUAGUGUUUGUUAGAAACUGCUAAUAGUAGCUAAUAGCUAAAUAUUACAUAAACAACAAUAUACUGCAGUGCUCAAGACUGGACUGGACUGUAGCACUCAGUACUCAGGAUGACAAUUUGACCACCAUUAUUUAAACAUAUGGAGUGAACCACACAUAUUUUUCUAUGUAGGAUUAUGUCGCAGGGCUAGAGUUUUAGUCAUUUGCGUUAUUACAACAAUCUGUGAGUUUGAAGAAGUUUUAUUAUCCAAAAGUUCUGCUUUGGCUUCAGCUCUCUAUAAAAUUGAUAUGGCUAAUGUAUCAGCUAACUAUUCUUGCAACAAGUAUACCUGGAAUAACAUUCUUUCUGGCCAUCUGAACAUGAGUCCAAUAUUCACUCUCCUUUUAGCUCUGGUUUGGUCUCCAACUCCUGAAUCUAAAUGUCUGGCUCUUUAGCUUCUACAUAUUUCCUGAAGUACAGUAGCUAGAUGCUUACUUAGCAUGUCAGCCAUUUGGUGCUACACAGCUUGUUUUUCCUGAAAACAGCUUCCUACGGCUGUAAAUGAGGUCGAUAAGAGCGGAGUUUGUGGGCUUGAAAACCAAAACAAUGAGCUAAAAGAGUCUAAAAAGGCCAGUAGAUCUGAGGGGAACUGCAGAGUCGGGUGAUGAUCCUUUGUGGGUUUGUGACUGGAAGCCACCCCUUUUACAUUACACGCAGUCAGUUGAUCAAUUGUUAAUGAAAAAAAUAUUGAUUAGUGCAGCUUUAAAGACAAAUCCAAAAUCUGCUUGUAAAGCAUUUUGGCUAAUGAGCUGUUCACAGUGUACAUUGCUUUAGUUCCUUGGUUCGUUGUGUCUACUCGGCAGGCAGAUCCAGGGAGACGCAGUCUGUUCAGCUAGAAGUGAUGAUGGGGAUCAAAACCAGCAGCUAUUCAAAGGUUUUCUCCUCCCUUUAGUGUGUAUUUGAAGUAGCAGCGAGGAUACGUGAAGACGCUCUGUUGUAAAUUUCUCUCUCCACACAAGCGAGGUGUCACAAGUAUUACUGAGCGCAAGGCUCCAGCGGGAGACAAAUUACUGUCAAACAACUCCUAUGCAAAAAAAAGAAAAACAAAUCCCAGAUUAAAGCUUUCACUUAGGUUGCUUAGGUUUUGCAGUUGACAGCUUUUUAUUAUGUUUUGAUAGGUGACGUGUAUUCAUUCCUUGUGUAAUAUUGACUACAGUAGUUCAAGACAGCGCUCACUUAUGUCCCUUUUUCACAGCAUUUUGAAUUGUACUCUAAAUGAACUAUUGUAAAGAAAUGCAUAUAUAUGGAUAGUAUACAAUCAUAUUUAUUGUUUCCUUACAUCUAUGAAUAAUACCCAUUUGUAGAACUUUCCUCUGCCUUAACUAUAGUAGCUAUAGAAAGGGACCUCUGUCAGACGAAGCAGGCAUCACUAGACCAUGUUUCUUGUUAUGUUCGAGUAAUUUCCUCUCAAUGCGCUCACAUGAAAUUAUGUCUAGUUACUGAAUGUGUUAAUGCCACCUCAAUGUACAGUAGAAUGAAGGCGACACCGCCGUUUGGGAUCACUCGCCGGCUUCUCGUGGUUGGUUUGUGUCACGCAGAUAUUCCACAGUGUCACUGUUUUUACAGGAAUGAUAAUGAUCCACGUUUUUAUUUGUGUGGAUGGUGCCUUUUUCUAGUCGUCUAGUCUUCUGACGAUGUCAUGGGAAUUUGUUCAGGAUUUCUGUUUUUUUAUAUAUAUAUAUUAUUUUGAGUUGUUGGUAUUUUCACACCGCCUCUGUUAGCUCUAUGGGUCUAUGUCCUCUUUUUUUCCUCAUUACUAUGUAGCAUAUUGUUAUUUACACAAUGUGGAAGCUAGCAGCUAUAUAUAUUUUAUUUCAGUUCAUUGUGUCUCAACUCUGAAGACUGCAAACAAUCCUGAUGGAGGAUUAGCUCUUGUUUUCUCCUCUAAUAGAUAUUGUCCUCACACAAUACUGAAGCGCAGUCGUAACUAUGUUUUGAAAAUGCUGUACAUAAAAAACACAUUUUAAGAAUUUCUCAUUGAGAUAUUGACACGAUAAUUGUCUUUUAAUGCACUGUUGUUGCUCAGAUAUUUAGUGGUAAAUAAAAAAAAAAGUAUUUAAUGUUUUUUAAUGUCUUGCUUUAGACACUAAAGUUCUGGCAGUGCUAUGAAAGUUAUAUGGCAGAUGACGCUCAUCUGUGUGUGUAGAUAUGUACUGACACACAUUAGUACACGCCUAUAUGAAAUCUAGUGCACCUCUAGGCCGCUCUCUCCUUUUUGAUAGUAUUGCAUGUGCCUGUCUUUUCCAAUGGAGAAUGUAAGCACUUGUACAGACAGACAGACAGACGCUCCAUCUGCAAGUCAGAGUCGAUGCCUUCAAUGCCCUUCGUGCCAUUCAAAUAACAAGCCUUGUUUGGCUUAUGUCACGAAUCCCAUCAGAGCACUUUCUCAUAAACGGUUCCCUAUUGUGGAAGAAAUUUAAUGUUGUGCUCUUACAGAAAACAAAAUCUUGUCAUUUAAACAUUUUUAAAGGUGCUGUAAGUGAAAUCAACAUUUUGGCUAACUUCUAGUCCCUACUUGGAGUUAGCAGUCCCCCCCUUCUCCCCACAUCCCCACUCUGAAAUUCUGUUACCUGCCCUUAAGAACCGCCUCUGCCUUUUCCCCCAAGGCAGUGAGGGCUGGUUUAGAGCCAGUUUCUAAUCUCAAACCAGUUAUUUACAUUUCAACAUCCAAAGAACCGGUUCUUGUCAACAAAACAGGUUCCAACGCGGCAUCAACACUUUGCUAGUUUAGAACCAAGUACCGCUUCCAACCAGCAGUAUAUUUAUUAGCUGUUACCACAGAUGUUAUAAACGUAACAUUGAGCUAGCUGGCUAGCUAGUUAGCUGUUUGUCAGCUAACAUUGACCAAGCAAGACUGGCUACUAAUUUCUCUCAUUAGGGUUUCAUUUGUAACAUUUUUCAUAACUUUGAUGUAAUGCUCGAGGUUAGUAACACUGAUGUGAGCAAUUAGCAGCGAUGCAUGCUUGGGUCAUGUUGGUUGACCAGUAGCUAGCUAGCUAGUGAGCUAGCAUAACCUUGGUAACAAUAGCUAACAUUGGAGAUGUAUACAGGGACGUAAUGAUGUGGCUCUCUAGCAAACCGGUUGAACCAACUCUGGACCGGCACCCAGAACUAUCCUAGGUUCUCAUUGGUGGAAACGAGGUAUUUGUGGAGUUCUCUCUCCUGAUUGGAUAAAGUAGGGACACGAUACCAGAGAAUGUAUUCUGUUUACUGCAGGAAGGAGGGACUUAGAGACCCAUGUCACUGACUGAACACUAUAUAUCAGUGAUGGCUGUCGGAAUGUAGAGCUUGUAACUUAUUUUAACAAACACCACUUACAGCAGCUUUAAUAUAUCUACAUGAACUUAACCCCCCUGAAGCUCUCAGUGAGAUGCAUCAGCAGGAUGCUUUGCAGAUUGGGGCGUCUGUCUACUCUUACUCUACAUUCUCCCUGUAUUAUAUGUAUGAAUGUGUGUGAGUGUGUGUGUGUGUGUGUGUGUGUGUGUGUGUGCAAUGGUUUGAAAUAAACUUAUGGCCUCAAUGUAUUGUCUUUUCAUAGCAUUUACAGAUAAGGCAGCAAUAGCUCAGCGCAGGAAAAUCAAAAAAAAGAAAAAGAAAACAUUUAUUUAGCUGCUUUUAGCAAACUUGUCCAAAUUCCACUGUACAAAUGACUGUUAAAUGAGAAAAAAGUCAUGUAUAUUUAUUUUAUAUCCUCUAUUAUAAUAAAAAUCUCUUUUGUCUCAAUCAC